AGAACUGAGAAUAUGUUUUAAUUUGAAAGGGAGCGGAAGCUGUCAGCCGCUCACGCAUUGCGCUGUACAGCACCGCGCAGCAGCUGCACGCUCUCACGUCCACUGUUUGACACAACCUCGUCGGCUUGACUGAACGAGCGGAGCGUGUGCAGCUGUAAUGGCUGCCAGAGAGAGUGAGGAAGACAACCAAUGAACCUCCGACAAGCGACUCAAAGCAAGGAUGGAAGGAUGGUAAGCAGCCAGCCGAAGUACGACCUAAUCCAGGAGGUGGGGCGUGGCAGUUACGGUGUGGUCUAUGAAGCAGUGGUGAAGCGCACAGGGGCCCGGGUGGCGGUUAAGAAGAUCCGCUGCCACUCUCCAGAGAAUGUGGAACUGGCCCUGAGGGAGUUCUGGGCGCUGAGCAGCAUCCAGAGUCAGCACCCAAACGUCAUCCACCUGGAGGAGUGCAUCCUGCAGCGGGACCAGCUGGCCCAGAGGAUGAACCAUGGCUCCAGUUCUCCGCUCUAUCUUGAGCUGGUGGAGACGUCUCUGAAGGGCGAAAUCACCUUUGACCCCUGCUGUGCCUACUACCUGUGGUUUGUCAUGGACUUCUGUGAUGGAGGUGACAUGAAUGCCUACCUGCUUUCUCGUAAGCCCAGCCGAAAGACUAACACCAGCUUCAUGCUGCAGUUGGGCAGCGCCUUGGCCUUCCUGCACCGUAACCAGAUCAUACACCGUGACCUCAAACCAGACAACAUCCUCAUCUCGCAGGCGUGCACACCCACUGGCUCCUCUGAGCCCACCCUCAAAGUGGCAGACUUUGGACUUAGUAAAGUCUGCUCCACCUCAGGGCUCAAUCCUGAGGAGCCAGCCAGCGUCAACAAAUGCUUCCUGUCCACGGCUUGUGGAACGGACUUCUACAUGGCCCCGGAGGUCUGGGAAGGCCACUACACAGCCAAGGCAGACAUCUUCGCUCUGGGUGUGAUCUUCUGGGCCAUGGUGGAACGCAUCACAUUUGUGGAUGUGGAGACUCAGAAGGAGCUGCUGGGGAGCUAUGUGCAGCAGGGCACAGAGAUUGUACCCUUAGGGGAGGCCCUGUUGGAGAACCCAAAGAUGGAGCUGCUGAUCCCAGCCAGGAAAAAAAGCAUGAACAGCCACAUGAAGCAGCUGAUCCGUGAGAUGCUGUCGGCCAAUCCCCAGGAGCGGCCCGACGCCUUUGAACUGGAGCUCAGACUGGUCCGGAUUGCGUGCAGAGAGUUGGACUGGGACACGUGAUAGACGGGAGUAUGGAACUAUGAACUCAACCCAUCGAGCACAUGUACAUCUCUUCGUUUGCUGUUAACCCAUGUUACUUUAAAGAAAAUUAAAUUACUGUUUGUAACUAGGGAAUAAGGAUAUUUACACGACUUGCAUCUUGGUUAGAACUCCAACUGGUGUCCAAACACAUACAGUCUCCUACUAGCUGUGUCUUUAAGUUGAAAGAGAGAGGUGCGACACCCACAGCUGCUGCUGCUGCUCCAAACUGCAGCUUUUUCUCAGGCCAUUCAGAACAUCACAGCCUCUGCUUCCUCUCACACAUCUCUCGAACAGAAUCACCCUGAAAGUCCGAAAAGAAAGACCAAGUAUCCCUUUUACAACUUGUCUCCAAAUACCAUCAUGAACCCGGUGCUGAUCCCUACUAGAUGCAAUAUGAGACAGUGUCCUGUGAUUUGUUUACUGUGUACAUUCAGCCAAAGGGCCUCGUGUUAAAACCCAGUCACCUCAGUGUUUGGGUUUUGUUUUGAAGCCACAUCUGUGGCUUCAUAGAUUCUGCUUCAACAUAUUUCUGCAUGGUCUUUACCACCAGCAGGAGCAUAUACAACAUCUAGAUCAAGAUUUGAGUCAGAUUUGGCAUCAGAUUCACUUCUGCUUUGAAUGCUCAGGUAAUAAAAACUUACAUCAUGAUGGUGUUUGUAGACAAAUGACCAGUGUUGGUAUCAGUGUUUUCCGUGGUCUUUGGAACAGGAAGAAAACCAAACAUUGGUGCUUGAAAAUGAAUCAUUUUCUUCUGUCAGCUGCUUGGUUUGUUUGAGUGGAUGGGGAUCACUUAUCAGCACACAUCCAGCUACAAAGACCGCAUCUUUGGUAUAUUUCUUUCUUUGCUUAUAAACUGCAAACUUGAAGAUGAGUUGACUGGCUCCAGCAGCACCCAUUACCAGUUAACCAGAAUGUAAAAUGCUCAAGAACAGUCACUUUGAUUUACACCCAGCCUUAAACACAUCACUCAGCCAGUCAGUGAGACAAAGAUUAUACCAGAUCCUUUGGGUGUUUGGCUCUCAUGUAGCCAGAACGUUGUGCUCACCAAAGCUUGUUUUAUAUUUUUUCGAAGCUCAAAAGUAUAACUGUUUGGCUUUCCAUUUAUCCACCUUUCACCGGUACUUUAGAUCACCGGGUGCCUCAAACCUUUUCAUUUCUGCUGAUUGUAAACAAGCCCACGAGUCAUUGAGGCCCCCGGGUCAGCAUUACCAGUCAUUCAUACACCCCCCUGGUGUGGAGGGCUUUAGAAAUGCAGGUAGAAUGGGAUUACCUGUUACACCCUUUUUUUUUUGUUUUUUCAAAUAAUUAGGGACGGUGUAGUCUAAAACAUUACCUGUCACAUCCUUUAUAAGAGAGCUUGUAGAUUUUGGCUGUUUCCUAAUAUUGGAUCAUUUAUUUUUCUACAAGCAGCAGCUACAUCUGCUGCUCACCUAAAAUAAUUAAUCCUCCCCAAUCUCAUGUGUAGCUGUAAAACACCAUAGAUUGACAUGUAUUGUGUGAAAAUAUUGAACUUUAAUCCAAAUUUGAUCUGUUGUGUGAGAGGAACACUUCUAAGGUCAAAAGUAGUGAAGUAUGACUAUUUACAUCAGGGGUUUCAAACCCCAGUCCUCAAGGUCCAGUGUCCUGCAUGUAUUAACUGUGGUCCUGCUAUAGGACAGCAGAUUCAAGCUCUGCAGAAGCUUGUUAAUCAAGAUUUCAUUAGAAUCAGGGAUGUUGAACCAGGGAAACACCUAAAACAUGUAGAAUACUGGCCCUGGAGGACUGACUUUGGACGGCACUGCUUUGCAUCUCUUUAACUUGGUGAGUAACAUUAAGUCGGACACUAAAGCAGAGCUCAACUGAAAGGACCUUGACACGCUGGCCAUCCAGGUUGGUGUCAGUUAGCUUGUAACUAAUCAAACUACUAAUACUUUGGCCACACAGUUUUUUUCCUCUUAUGCAGCAUGGUUCUGGGGAUAAAUCUGAACAUGCAUGUCUAGCCUUUACAUGAAGUGAAAGGCCUAGAGAUGCACCAAUCAGAUUUAUCGCUGAAUCCAUCUCUUGAUGUGCCAAGUGUUCUUUGAUAAAUAUAAAAUGCUCAAAAUGUUUCUCUGAAGCCUUCCUGAUAUUAGUCAAUCGUUUAUAUUAGAAACAGAGACCAAAUUAUUUGGAAGGACCUGUCUUUAGCAUCGUAUGUUAGCAAUUAGCAUGGUUAGCAUUGUAAGUGUUAAGAGUCCUGUGUGUGUUCCCUAUAAACCAAGUCUAUCGGUGUUUCCAGAUGCAGCUUGGUCCAUAGACGGACUGAAAGCUCUAAAAUAUAAAACGGCUAAUUAACUGUGUUCAGCCUUCCUGUUAUCUGCUGACCUCACCUCCAGGUUGCUUUCUUAUUCACCAGUGUGAAUAACAAACUGCUGCUUUUUGUAUCUGAACAAGUUGGACAAAUGACCGAAAUUCAAAAAUCUAUAUGCUGCCUAUCACUCUGAGGCUGAAGCGAAGACGGGUUUGAGUCGUCUUCUUGUAGUAACAUCUUGUUUAACCCAAGGUAUCUGGGAGGGUGAGUUCAGGGAAAAAAGAGAUUUCUGAAUGAAGCUGAAAAUCGGUCUCCAGCAAGUUUCUUGGUAGAUCUCUGUAAGACACAGUUUCAGCUGUGGCUUUAGCUGCUGGUUCUUUCAGACUGUUGUUGAAGAGUCAAAGUUGCUUUGGUGAGCAUAAUGUUACAGCCAGUAUGAAGUCACAAUAGAUCAGAAUGAUCCAUGGAGGUAAAAAAGUUAAUCUUCACAUUCCCAUUGAUCCUGUUCCAGUGUUUUUUCAGCACCUGCUUGAUGAUGUGAAGUAGAAGCUGCAUUUAUUCAAAUGGUGGUGACACGAGUAAUCCCGCCUGAGCCUGUUUGAACCUGAAUGUGUACAACAUGCAAGGAUGCAGUGAAAGCACUUUUAUUUAGCCGUUUGUAUUUAUUCCUCCUAACUUUGCACUAUGAUGUGGAGGAAUCUGAGGCAGAGUUGGCUGUGAUAACAGGUUCUGCUGCUGCUCUGACUUAAUCAUGCAGCAGCUCUCACCUUGAGGGGAGAACAUGUCUGCAUUCAGUCUCCUCCAUGAGCCAGAGGAUCUCUGCUCCCCCCCCCCCCCCCCCCCUCACACACACACACACUUUGACACACAAAGCUGUUGUUUUAGUUGAUCUCCUCUCACUGUCACCACGCUGCAUUUCCUUUGGCUCUGAGUUUUACAGUAAUCCAUUUUGUCAUGCUUCUUACCAGCUAAUCCAAAGCCUAUUAAGUAUUUGCAGAACUUGGCAGAGGAUUGUGCUUGAGACCCAUUUUUUUUGUUCUAUUCAGGUUAAAUGUAAUGUGUGUAGUUUUACAUGUUUCUACAGGAGGCCAGAAAGGUCAACAAAUCUUAGCGGUUCUUGGUCUGUAAUAUUAAAAGAAAUUUCCCUCAAAUUAUCUCCAAGUUGGCCUUUUCCUUCGCCCCACAUUCAGCUAUUCCAGCUCAACUCCUCUUUUCUAUUGUACGGUUUCAUGCAGGACACCUCCUGGUGCUUCAGACAAUAUAAUGUUUAUUACGGCUUUUGGCACACAAGCAGGAAACUUUGAAGUUAAAGUAGGUCACCAGGAUGACGGGUAGAGUGAUUUUGGGCCAGAUUUCUGCUUCUACCCAUCUAGAGAAGGCAGCAAGGAGGAAGAAGACAUGUGGCUUCCUGUCAGGUCUGGGGUUAUUAGUUUGCUGUAUUCAGUUGUUUUGCACAUUUGUAAAUACUGUAUAGGAUCAGUGGGACAGAUAUGGCUGUGUAUACUGAAUGAGGUGAUGUGCUCUGUUUUUAAGAGCCUGAUUGUUUGACAUGUAAAUUGUUGGGAUGGCUUCAGUUUGCUUUUCUUUGACUCGGCAUCAGUUUCCUGAUGUGAUGACUCACAGGAAGGUGAAAAUCAUAUGUCUGUCAUUGGCCUGUUUGUGGUUUUGUGUAAGAAACAACAAAAUGUGCAACAUGGAUGAAGUCUGUUGUCCUCUCUGUGUGUGAUGAUCAGGGUGUUCUGGAAAUAAAAGUUGGAUUUGUCUUUUUAAAUCAUUUAAAUCAAUUUGACCACUUUACAGAGUGCUGACCCAGGAUCACCUUCAACCAUAUUGGCUCUCCCUCUCCUUCCUGCUGGACAUUGUAGUCACUGGUUAUUAUGGUGUGUUCAAACUUCACAGUUUAAGUUUGAAUAAAAUAAACCUGUUACUGUGGACCAUUUAAAGAUUUGUGAACCUUGGUAAAUACUCAACCAGGCUGAAAGUCUCAGUCUGCAGUCCUCCACCCAGUUUUCAGUGCUAGUAUCUGAAUUAGACAUGGACUCAUGAACUAAAUACCUGUUUUUUACAUAUGUUGAAAAUCAAACUUUCUCUACAAUAAAAUGAUCAUAAAAUAAAGAUUUUCUCAAGAACAA